AUAAUAGAAAUAAAAUAUAGAAAUAUGAUGGCUGUAGUCUGUAGAUUUUAUGUUGUUUAUUUAAUCACACUAAUCAAUUAUCCAUGUGUUUAAUAAGUGAUGUCAUAGAAUGUGUAGCUAUCAGUCAAUAUUAGCUUAAUCAUUUGAAAACUAACAAGCUAACAAACGGCACUGAUUCUAACCAAAAACUAUUUUAGUUUGUAGUUUUGUUUUUACUAGGAGGUCGUUCUUGUGUGCCUUAAUAAGUAAAGUGCUUAGAGAUUGUAAUCUAGUGACAGACAAUACCAGGUGCGAUAAUGUUUAAAUGCUUAAAAGGCCUGUGCCCACGCCUUUGUACAACUGGCCCAUCCUAAAUGGCUAAGAAAAGAUAUAUAUUUUUUUUUAACUGUUGUUUUUCAUUUUUAAAAUUAAUAUUGAAAUAGACAAAGAUUGAAACAGCAUUGCAGAUUCUAAAAAGUAAAAAAACAAAAAAACAAACAAAAACAUUAUGCUACUGUCAUGUAUGAAGACUGUAGAAUGCGGAUGCUGUCACUGCCUAAUUGCAUAGCUGGAAAUAUAUUUCCUAGUGAGAAUAGAGAAACCUGUUGAAAAAAACUACCUUAGUAAGAUGUGGGUAGAGUUGAAAAUCCCUACCUUUUUUGAUUGUUUCUUUACUGCCUUGAAAGCUUUUGAUGUGUGGGAGGCAGUUAUAUCCACAGGCACAGUGGUUAAUCCAUGGAUUAAGGAACGUGACAUAAGUCAAAUCCUACAGUCUGACGUUCUAUUGAUUUGGUCAAGUGAUAACAUUCAGCACACAGAGAAUAGGAUGCAGUGCGAGGAACUGAGGGGUGUCAGAGGGGGAUAUUCAAUAAUGCUUUUGAAAUGUAAUUACUUACAGUAUUUGGGUGUCUCAUUGUUGUGCGCUCAUAAUUACAGUAUGACAUAAUAUAAUUAUUUCUUGUUAUAUCUUGUUUGCGCUGUGACUGAGUUACAGUGUAUGUGUGGUUAUGUGUGCACAUGGUUGAAAUCUGUGAUAGGUAUGCGACUUCAGUUACGGAAGAAGAGUGUGGUUUUGGCAGCGCUGCUUGUCAUUGGGGGAAUAUACUUAAUAAGCCGUUCUGACGUUGUCACUGCUGGCCUGACAAGGUCACACAAACCAUUUCCAAAUGAGUUCACUUGGAAAGCAGAAAGGCUGGUUAGAAAUGAGGCCUGGGUUGAGCUGGGAGAUUAUCUGCCUCUCAAUGUGUCCUAUCAGUUGCUUGCAGGAGCACCGUCUACUGAACAGAGGUAUUUGUCAGUUGGAUUAUCAUCAGUGAAGAGGAAGAAGGGCAGUUACCUAAUCCCCACCUUGCAGUCCCUGUUCUCCCAAUCUUCUCCUGAAGAACGCUCUUCCAUGGUCGUAGUUGUCCUGUUGGCAGAUUUUGAUGUCAGCUGGAGAGUCACUACAGUGAGGGAGAUCAAAACUGCAUUUGCAUCUGAGCUGGAACAAGGCCAGCUGGUAGUUCUCCAUGUUCCUCAGGACUGGUACCCUCCUCUCACAGGUCUAAAGAGGAACUACAAUGAUGCUCCAGAAAGGGUGUCAUUCCGCUCCAAGCAGAACGUAGAUUAUUCCUUCCUGAUACACUAUAGUGCUGGUCUUAGCCAAUACUACCUCCAGCUAGAGGAUGACAUCUCCUCAGCAAAAAACUUCCUUACCACGAUCAAGAUGCAUGUUGAGGAGCAAGAGGCAAAGAAGAUCACCUGGGCAACGCUGGAAUUCUCAGUCCUCGGAUAUAUUGGGAAACUUUACAAAUCAGUCCAUCUUCCUCUACUGGCGCGCUUCCUCUUUCUCUUUUACCAAGAAAUGCCCUGUGACUGGUUGAUGACCCACUUCCGAGAGCUGCUGACUCAGAAAAAUCAAAUUCUCUUCAAACCCUCAUUGUUCCAACACAUGGGGACUUUCUCUUCAUUCCAAGGGACAUACAACAAGCUAAAAGACCAGGACUUUGAGGAGGGGUUGUACACUAAUCCUUCAGCUGAAGUUUAUACUGAUAUGUCCACCUAUAAGGAAUACUUCCCAAAACUGGCCUGGAAUGCUGGGGAAGGAUUUUUCUGGGGACGCUCCCCAGAAAAAGGAAAUUACCUGACUGUGGUGUUCAAAAGCCCUACAGUAGUGACAGGGAUACUUGUAGAAACAGGAUCAAAAGGCAAAGACAUCCUGGAGUCAGCUCAGGUGGAGAUAGGCUGUGAUGUUGUCACUACCAACAAAGAGGAGAAGAGCUGUAAAGAAUUCCAGUCAGUCGGGAUGUUAGUGAAUGGGAGCUUUGAGGUGCAGGACUUGGACAAAAAGUAUGGCUCUACCUCUUCCUGUCUGAGGAUACAAGUCACCGCAGGACAGAAGGAUUGGCUGGUUAUUAAGAAAAUCAGGAUCUCAAAAAAGGCCCAAGAUCCCAAGAGUUCACUUCUAACAUAGGAGGGAUUUUCUUUCUUGCUGCCAAAUUUAUUUAAUAUGAAGAAUGCUGAACAUUUGAUUUCUGUGCCUUUUUGAAUAGUUUCAGUGAUGAAACAACUACCCAGUGCCUGGUAAGGGCCUGAUCAGACAGUGUUUUGCGGGCUGAAUUGAAAGGCCCUCUGCACUGAAGUCUGCAGCUUCAAAAAAAACGAGCAGUGUGGUGUUUUGUUUUCUUUUUUAAACUGUUGCUCGGAAGCCACCAAAUGAUUUUGCUGUGAAGUAGCAGAUCUGUACCUUUUAUUUUUGCUAAAUAGAAGUAGUUAACUUGGUAAUAAUCAGAAUGUUAUCUACCUAAACACCUAUAACAAAAAUGGACAGGUGGAAGGAACUUGAUCUGGCUCUUAUUUAGGCUGGACCAUUGACAAAUAAAAAGAUGGACCCUGCAUAUCCACUGACUCCCACUGCACAAAAAUGAAACCAAAAUAUCCCAGAUAUGAGUGCUGCCAUCUUGUACUGGUGAUGCUGUCAGUCAUGAUGUUUCAGCCCUUUUUUUUUUAGCAUCAAAUAACCAGUUGAAACCAAACUUUUCAGUUUGAACACUUGAACAUGCAUCAGCCUGAUAAGAGCUACCUGAAAUGACAGUAGCCAUCUUUUGUAAAAAUAUUUGAUAUUUAAUUCAAGUUUUUAUUUUUGUCAAUGUCCCAUGUACUAACAUGGGAGGGGGAAGGUUUAUGUGCCAAUUAAGAUGUUUUGUCUUCACUUUUCACUCUUUUAUACAGUCAGUGGGGUGGACCUGAGAAACCUAAGAUGCUUGUGGGUAAGAGACCCUUAGAAAUAGGAGAAAUCAUUGUGUCACUAGCUGCAGUUCAAGGAUUAUUUUAGGUUGAGUCGGGAACGGAUUGGUAGUUUGCAGUGGAUUUUCAGGUGAAGCAUCACGUAAAAGGCUACAUGGAGUCUAUUGAAUGUGUUCAGCCUUUUUUUUUUUUUUUGCUGACAUUAGCUUAAUAGAAAACAUGAACUGUAUGCUACCAGUUGAGGCCUUAAAGCUACCAUCCUUAUGAAGAAAAAUGAUACAAUCUGAAGAAUGUUUGACCAAGCUCUUUGUCUCUUCACCAUCAUCAGUCAUAAAUAUUAAUAUUAACUAUCUGCAGGCAGUGCCAUGUGUUAUACAUUUUUAUUUAUUUAAAUGGACAGGGUUAUUCUGGGUUGCAGAGGAUUUAUGACCACAUCUAGAGCCUUCCACUAUUCAGGAUGUUGGUUAUAGGCAUGAACACAGUAGAACCACUUUGCUGUGAACUACAAUUAUAUUGCACUCAAAAAAUUGGAGCAUGUCUAUGCUCUUUAAAAGUCCAUUAAGUCUGUGAUCAAUAACACGUUGAGGCAGUUUAUGUUAAUUUUAUAGUCUGUUCCCGGAGAAGAGGCAUAACCUGUUAUUUUCCUUUUUCAUUCAUUUUCAUUUUCACUGAUGUGCUCUCCUUUAUUCCUGCCAGACAGGAUAGAGAUCCAAAUCUUCUAUAGUGCCAUAUAAUGCCACACACACACACACACACACACGUAAGCUGAUCUGAACUGACAUCAGGGCAAAUUUAAGACAAUCUCACUUUUUUAAAAAGAAUGAACACACUGUAAAAUAAAAAGUUGAAUUCAUAACUAAAGCAUGUGCUUGCUCAUUUUUACCAGGUCUGGUAUAGCUUAUAAUGACUAAUGUUAGCUAUUAUUGUUAGCUGUUAUUGUUUAAUAAUGGGCAUUAGUGAUUAAGUUUGUUGAUGUCAUGACUUUUCACCUUAAACUUGAGUGUAA